CAUUUGAUACCUUGUGUGCUGCUCAACCUGCGCCGCGUUGUGUGUUUGGAAGCUGCCGAAAACUAGCGAAAGCUGUCAGCCAGCGUUUUUCACUAAGUUUAACGUCUAUGCAGCCGCUUUUUCAACUACGAACAUAACGCUGUUCUGUCCAGGCUCCCCCCCCCCCCCCCCCCCCUGUGGAUCAUGGUGAUCUGGAGGCAUGCUCCUAUCUGCGUCUUUGAAACUGAUCGACAGAAAUGAGUAACGAGCAUGCAAGGAUUGAGAUGGACCUGGCUUUUGGCCCUGCUAAGCCCUAUGGUUCUUCACGGAGUUUGGUAAGAAGAAUCGCUUCAACUCUUCCCAUUAAACCGUGCCCCCGGGUUCAUUUUCAGCUUUACCCGUACGCCGAGGAGGCCGGAGUCCUCAUCAGCGCCAGGAGGCAGACCAGCCUGGUCGCCUCCCUCGCAGAUAUUGCCUGGAUCGAAGGGGAUGAAGAGGAAGAUGAAGGCAACUUUGGCAGGCCCAGGCCAGGCAUCCCACCGGGCUUCAUGUUUCGAGCCCAGCAGCCUCGCCCUCGGAGGAAAGCGCCCGUCCGUCGGCGGUCCCUGCCCAGCCUGCGUGAGGCCGCUCCCGACCCGCAGGGCCCAGCAGCCGCAAACGACGAGGCGUUCCAGAAGAUCAGCGCGCUGGAGACCGAACUUGCCAAACUCAGAGCUCAGAUAGCUCAAAUUGUCUUGGCUCAGGAGAAAACUGCACUGCCAGCUGCUGCUAGCGAGGCUAACCCCCCUCCUCCUCCUCCCCCACCCCCGCCUCCUCCACCGCCGCCUGCACCAGGGCUACAGCGGGCGUUUUCAGCCAUAGAGCUGAUAAGAGAGAGAAGAGGGAAGGCGAAAGAGGAGCAGACGGCCGUGGGUUCAAAGCCAGCAGACAUCCCCAGCAUGCUGGACGUCCUGAAGGACAUGAACAAAGUCAAGCUGCGGUCCGUGAAAAGUCGUUUAGGGGAAGUUGAAGCCAAAAUGAAGCCCAAAGAGCCGGCCGACGCAGCAGGUCUCAUCGCCGAAGCUCUGAAACGGAAGUUCGCCCACCGGUUUCGGGAAAACAGCGGCUCUGAAGGAAGCGACAAAGAAGAGUUGAAGGUUGCUGCCCCACGAGCAAAGCCUCAAGCUGAAGCCCCUCUGUUCGGGCAGCACAUGUUAAAGCCAACGGGAAAGAAGAAGUUGCUUUGACCAGAGGAAGCGGAGCCAGAAGAUCUGUGGACCCUCUGCCGAUCCUCUCUGGCUCAGCCUGACCGGACCACUCGGUAAUCAUCUCACAGAAUCCAGCCUUCUGGAUUGUUUUGCACUUUUUUGGAACUUUAUAUCGGCUUUAGAUUUCUGCAAACGUGAUUUUUCUGUAUGCGAACACAAACACUAGCAAAUUUAUGAACCUCAUUUUGUAAUAAUUUGAACUUGUUGCACACGGUACGGGUGAUCAGACGCAUCCCCAUCUUUAAGGAGCAGGAAAAAGUUCAUUUAUCAUAGAAGAGGCACGCGUGGAAUAUGCUGCAGUAUUGUUGAAGAAGAUGUAUGAAUUUUAGUCUGGUUUGACGGGGAGUGAGUUAUGUUGCCGUUUAGGACGAUGUUGUAAUUUGUUUUUAACAGUGGAUAAUGUCCCGGAUUUGUCCCGUACCGAAUUAAAGGUACUUGGGUCAAAUGCGAAAUACUUUCCUCUUCAGUUUUAGGUCCGUUACCAGUUCAAGCAAUUUCUAUUUUAAUUUAUGGUGUUUUAUUUCCCUUUUAAAAGCCAAAUACAUUCCACUAAUGCCCUGCAGGGUUUUGCCUCAUUUUGCAAUGCACAUGUUUUGCUUUUAUUUUCUUAGUUUUUCUUAAACAUGAAGGGAAGCAGCCAAGAUUACAGUCUCAUGACAUUUUGAAGCAUUAUGUUCACGUUGCCAUUCCUUAUUAUGAUUUUACUGUAUAGCUGCUUAUUUAAGUCUCUGUAUGAUGGAAGGACAGGUUGGGAUUAAGAAAUUUCUAAAUGUCAAAAGCUUUGCAGAAGAGUUCACUAAGAAGUUGUAAAUCAUAAUAAAAGUUGGUCUCUCUUGA